CACUUUGACAGUUCCCCUGCUCAGCAGCAACAACAGCAAUAUCAGCAACAGCAGCAGCAACAACAACAACAACAACAACAACAACAACAACAACAACAACAACAACAACAACAACAACAACAACAACAACAACAACAACAACAACAACAACAACAACAACAACAACAACAACAACAACAACAACAACAACAACAACAACAACAACAACAACAACAACAACAACAACACCAACACCAACAACAACAACAGCAACAGCAACAGCAACAACAGCAACAGCAACAACAGCAACAGCAACAGCAACAACAGCAACAGCCAAGCAUUGUUUUUCAGCCUCCAAAUUUACUUAAAACCACAGGCUAGAAAAGCACACCCUGGGCGCUCUUGAAAACUGAGCUUUUUGGGGGU